GGAGAGAUUUGCAGCAGCCCUUGAAAGUCGGACUUGCCUGUUUUGGUAUGACCGAUCACCAUUCGAUCGCUUCUGUCUACCGUCAGAGGCCACUUUGGUGACAAUAAGUAUCUUCGUACAUCGGUCGGGCAUAACGCAGUUGAAGAAAUACCGAACACAGAUAUGCUCGGGAGGCCACACACAUUGCGUCAAUAUUCAUUGCCGUCUGACGCAGUUGCUGCGCGAAGGUGUUUCGUCACGCAUCGACUGAGGUCGGAGGGUAUGCAGCAGAAUAUCCAAAGCCAAUGCUUCAGACAGUGAGCCAUGCUUGCGACAUCCGGCGUGAAGCGUCAGUUGCGAACUGUACAGAGUCAGGCUCGGCGUGGCGGGCACUGUAGCUCCAUUGCAUUCGCCUUCCUAGCUCGACUCUGUAAGAGUCAGAGAAGAUGAACCCCAAGUCUGAUUAUCAAUAUUUGUCCUUCACGGCGGUGCCGCCUCUUUCCGACGGAUGUUUAGUUGCGCAAAAUUUGUUCGUUUCAGCGGCGCGUGCAAAGGACCUUGACAAAGAAUCGAUCACUCUCACUUCGUGGUGCAUGCGCAUGCUGCGUGGUUGGUAUAUAUACAAUGUGCCUGAGGUGAGACUGACCAUUGACGAGCUCUUCACUUCCAUCUCAUCUGUUCUUCCAAUCGAGUUCGAAGUCAAGCGAUGGCAUCUUCAUCUUCUGCUCCCUUAGAAAGAGGCAAGGCUUGUCUUCGAUGCAGGAGACGCAAGAUGCGAUGCGACGGAGUCAGACCGAUCUGUGGUCAAUGUGUGCGUGCGGAGGAGACUGAAUGCGAAUACACCGAUGCUGGACCGACGCCUUCGCAGGUCCUUGAGCGCAACGUGGCCGACCUGGAAGCUCGUAUCCGAGCAUUAGAGAGUCGCACUUCAGACACGGUUACAUUGACUGAUCCACACGCAGCCUACCGCGGAGCAACCGGUCAAGCAUCUGCUGGACGACCGACACUCAGGUACUCAGAAAACCCAGUUGAGCAAAGACUUCUGAGUACCUUUUUCGAUCAUGCCACCACGUUUGGAUUUUUCUUGAAUAUGCCGCGCUUCUUGCGCAGGUUAACAGGCAGAUUCUCCACCUCCACCAUCUCCCCCGCUUUAGUGAAUUCUAUGCAAUUGCUCACGCUUCAGCUUGUGGACGAUCCUCAAUUGAGGUCUCAUGAACCACAACUUCUCUCUCGUGUCCUGCAAGCCCUUGCAGCGGCAACGGCCAACAUCAACCCCGCUACGAUGAUCGAGAUACUUCAAGCAGAGGUCCUGGUUUCCUUUUACUUCUUCAAUAGAGAUCGAAAGUUAGAAGGGGGGUAUCAUGCCACUGCGGCAGUGUCACUUGCUGUUGCUUGUGAUCUUCAUAAGGUUCGAGGCGUCCAAGGCGGAGGUUCCACAUCACCGUCUAGUGGCGCACAUUAUCGCCUUCCCGUACCAGCAGAUGACGUCGAAGAAGGGGAACGCAUACAGGGAUUCUGGGUCGUGUACUGCGUGGACCGAUGCUGGACUGUCGCGUUGAAAUCUCAGUCCGUACUUUCUCGUGGAGAUUUCGCGUCGCAGAUUGAAACGCCGUGGCCGAUUGAAACGUCGAAUUAUGAACAGGGACAGUAUCCUCAGGCGCUGAGACAUAGAAAUCUUCCGACAGUCAAGCAUUUCCUAGAGAAUGCUGCGUCGAAUGGAUGGGACAGGAGCUGUUUGGCACUUCGGGCCCAGGUUUCAACUCUUUUUGAACGAGCUACUGACCUUGCAAACCAAUGGAACCCAGCAGGUGCACCAGGUUUCCAAACAAGAUUCCUUGCUUUAGACAAUCGUAUCGAACAUUUCAAGCGGUCAUUGCCAGGGCUUUCACUUACUGAGGCCUCUUCAAGUCAAGACGAUCGACCAGCCCAAACUGACACUGAGAAAUUACGAUGCAUGCUCUGCUGCCAUACCUUAGUCCAAUGCGCCACUAUUCAGCUUCAUACGCCUCUCCAGCAGGGUCAAGAUCCUACUAAUAGCCGCACCCUGGCUGCUGCCAUUGCUGCUGCGAAUUUACUUCGAGAAGUAGAUGUCAGAUCCCUCAGCUUCGUCGACCCUAUCAUGGGAGUACUUUGGUCGACCAUCUCCCAAGUCCUCAUUCAAGGCAUUGUUAAUCUCCGACGCAUGCGUCCCCGCCAGAGUUCAUCUGGUCGAUCCGCAACACCUGGUGCUCAUCUUCCGGGCGAAAUGGUAGUUACAUCCGCUUUAGACUGUGUGCAGAUGACUCUGGAGGCGUUAAGUGGAACCAGUCCUCUGCUAGAACGGGAGUUGGCUAACCUGCGUCAAGCUCGUUUCGAAAUGCAUCCAAAUGUUUAAGAUGCUAGAUGUAUAUCAACUCAUAGUGUCUUUCCUCUACAUGCAGUCAUCCAUUAGAUUCUACUCAUUGUGCACCUGUUAUAUGCUCCCAUACUAAUUUAUUCAUUCGUUAAAUCGCCCGCCGCUGCGUGCUAAGAAGUACCUCGUAUAACGUAUGCAAUAUAAUAUACUUAUAUGAUGUACCAUACUGUUGGGUAGAACGUACUGUAACUUAGCAUUCACUACAUAUAUUUAACCAAGCACC